CCUCCCUCCCCUAACACAUCUCUGCUCACUCUUUUCCACGCGCGCUCCCUCAGUCUUUUUUGAUAAUCAAUACUCGUGCCAUGCCCCCCUUCGUCCACGUCUUCCAAGACUUUCCCUUCGACAGCUCAAACGUCCUGCAGUCAGUAAUCCGGCAUAUUACAGACCAUUCACGGCGCUACGGCAUCCAAACGUACUAUUCUGAGGAGUACGGCUUGCCCAUGGAGACGACAAUAGAGAACCGUGUCGGCACGAUCUGCGGCGUUAUCGACUGGGAGAAGAAGUCGUUCCGCAUUGGGUCUAAGAUCGAGUGGAUGGAUACGAUGAGGAGGAAGGCGGGCAUUUUCUCUUCCGCGUACUUCUGGCGGUGGCUCGAAGGAGAAGAGUUCCGCGUGCAGUAUCACAACUCGGGUGACUACUGGACGACAACCAACGCCAAGGGAGAAAUUAUCGCCGAGCUCAAGCUGUCUACCCUGUCACCCCUAUAUGGCGAUGGGGAAGCGAAAACUCUCCCCGUACUUCGGAUCAGCCAGAUGAUUCGGAACGAAGAUGAACGGCUGUUCUUGUUGUUAAUCUUGUUGUACUCGGAGGCGCGACGAAGAGUUCAAGGGUGCAUCACCAUCUAAUAUUUUGUGUUUAAUAUUUAUUUCUAUAUGCAACUAUGUAACUAAUGGAUUCUGGAUCGAGUACGA